UUUAUCCCGUGCGAUUUUUGUGGCUGACAUUCUGAAUUAUUCUGAAUAGUUUUUAACAGGUUUUUAAUAACCUUCGUGCUUUUGUAUUACAAUUGUCCAUGAAGGAAGAUAUUUUCUAUAUGCUUAUUUACACGGUUGAGAAACCAAACGUCUGCGCAGAGUAGUGUAAAAUUGCAGCAAAAAAACAAUUGAGGUACUUUGAAUCAGUGAUCCCAACGAAACACCCACGUUCAAGGCUUUCGAAAAUAGGUUGACGAUCUUGUGCCACUUGCAAUGUUUCUCAUUGGGUUGACUGGAGGGAUUUCCACCGGGAAAAGCACCGUUUCGAAAGUUUUCCGAGAAAGCGGAGUCCCGGUGAUCGAUGCCGAUGCGAUUGCUAGAUAUGUGGUGGAACCAGGGAAACCUGCAUGGCACAAGAUCAAAGCGGCUUUCGGUAAUAGUGUGAUCAAAGCUGAUAGCGGAGAAUUGGACAGGGAAGUGUUGGGUAGGAUUAUUUUUGACGACGUGGACAAACGAAGAAUACUGAAUGAGAUAACUCACCCUGAAAUUCAUCGAAUCGUUUACAAGGAGGUUAUCAAGUGUUUUUUCCUCGGCCAUAACUUUGUCGUGUUAGAUUUGCCAUUGUUGUUUGAAACUGGAAUUAUGCUUAAUUUAAUGCACAAAAUUAUAACGGUUACCUGCGAAGAAGACAUUCAGCUAACAAGACUGAUGGAUCGAAAUCAUCUGUCGGAGGCAGAUGCGAAGAAGCGAAUCAAACAGCAAAUGCCGCUAGAGCAAAAGUGUAAUCAAUCGCAUUUCGUGAUCGAAAAUUCAGGAACACUCCAGGACACAGAAGAGCAAACGCUUAAGAUAUUGUCUGUACUUCAGGACAGUAAUCAGCACUGGAAGAUACGGGGUGUUAUUUUUGCCACAGCAGCGAUUCUCUUUUCGAGUAUAGCGUGGAUUCUAAAUUAUAAGUAUAAAUUCAUAUCCACCAACUGAUAUUAUUUGAAGCGCUACUUGGAUUUGGAAGCUAAUGUUAACUCCAGUGAAGCAUGGUUUCGGCAAAUGCUAGGUUUACGGGACAAAUUCCUUAUUUUUACCUCUUCCCCUUGUUUCUACUGGAUUUGAAGAGCAGUAUCUAGUGUCAUGUGCAUUUUGUAUACUUCGGUGUGUACAGUUUAUUUCUAUCGAAUGAAAACUAAAUGUUUCGAAAAUA